CACACUUCUGAGAUUCACAAGAAACACGUAAUAGUAGCAAUAUACGCGGAUUGUAAGUGUACGGAUGAUAGCAAGCUAUGCCAACAGCAAUGAUUAUAAAAACGAUUUAUUACGAUAAGAACGCAUCCCAAUCCCAACAUGGAUGCUGCUGUUGUUGUGACUGUAGUCUAAUGAGAUUAUCUGCUACAGUACAACAUUCGGUAGCUCUAUACCAUUCAGUAUCCACCGAGUUGAAAUGUAGUGGAGUUGGACCACGAACACCAAUUUGUGAUACUCUGGUGGUGGUAGCAACACUAAUAUCGCUCGAAUACCGCUGGAGUCUAUUAUCUGUCGCCUGCGAACCUUCCGAAGAGCAGCGCUCAGUGAGCCUAGGACGUUUAGGUGGAGGAGGCUCAGAGUCUUCAUCACAAGUAGGGCCACCAUGCGGUGACAACAGAGUGCGGACCCGUGGUAGCAGCGUGGAACAUACAACCUUCGUGGACUUGAUACCAUUGGACGAUGGAAUAUCUUCCUCUAGCAUAUCGUGCAACUUGGACAGCCCUGCCUCCGGCAACUCGACUUGUAGCACUACGAGGUUCGGGAACUUGCUCCGCAGAUCCUCAAACGCCUCGAGAGCCCAAUGCUCACCACCAGCAGUGUUAGUGUUGCCGCUCGCAAGCCGAGACACUACCGAAUACUUCAACUUCAUUGACUCCAAGGAGCCGUUCCACCAAGGAGGAUCUUGAAUCGAAGUAUGGUAAGCUCCUUGAAGCAGUGUGGUGUUGUCGGUACCAGAUCGGAGUCUCAGCAGAGAUGUUGCUAUGUGGU